CCCAAACAAACCAACUAUGAUUUCUGUCACAACAAAUCAAAAGUCCCGAUUAAAAUUAGUUUGUUCCGCAUUCUCCCAACAAAUUUACGAAGAAAUGGUUGAAUAUAUCGAUAAUUUGUACCUCCAGGACUUCCAAAACUACUGCAGAUUGUGUUUCGAGCGAGAUCCUCAGCUGGAGAACCUGUUGGCGACGUCCACCCAGCACAAUCUUGUCGGGAAAAUAGCUGACUGUGUGGAUGUUUCGAUCCUACCGGAAGAUUCCCCUGCAACUUUAAUCUGCCAGCGAUGCCUCGCUUUGGUGGACCAGUUUCACAAGUUCAAAGAAAUGUGCAAAAAACACGAGUACGCCUUCCAGACCAGUAUCCGGUGGAAAAGUUACGAAGGAACGGAUCCGUCGGCAGACAUUGCGACCGUUCGCAUCAAAUCGGAACUUCCGGAUGAGUUUAUUGAGGAGCCACCUGAAAUCAAAUUAGAACUUCCGGAUACGGUUAUUGAGGAGGCACCAUUGGAAAUUACAACUGAAAGCAUGAAACAGGACUUGGAAUGUGAACUUGGAACGGAGUCGGAAUCGGAAAAUCACCAGAAUUCGGCCGAUUCUAAUGGUGAGAAUGAUGGCGAGCCGGGUAAAGCGGGGAAAAAGGGAAAGAGAGGGAAAUACAAGAAAAUCGAAACGAAACUGCUGGUUCGAUUGCUUCACAACGGGUUUCUCAUGAACUGCAAGGCGAUUAAGCUAAGCGGAGUUAUGCAAUGGAUAUGCCGAAACAGUGCCUGCCGGAUGAGCUUUACGGCAACGGUCGAUUGGAAUAUUACACUGCACACAGCCAAAGUGCACAACCAUUAUCCCUUCGUCAACAGAACCGGAAUGAUUCAGGAUGCAGAUACGGGGUUGUUUCAACGGUUCGACGUGAGCUCUUUUACCGGGAAGGAAGUGCUGGUUUGGAAUAACUACGAGUGGCUUCUUGGCGACAAGAGAAAGGGAGAUCGGAAGGCUGUUUGCAAAGAAAAUAAGGGAAAAUGCAAGAAGCAUGUGAUGAUUAAAGGGGAUUACGAGAGCUUGAGAGUUUUCGGCGAGCAUAAUCAUCCGGAGAGUUACAUUCUGUACAGAGACGAUGAGAACCCGAAUGAGAACGAACUGAAUCCUUGGGAUCUUUACGUGCAAAUUAAUCCUUGCAGACUGCCAAUUGGCACGGAUUGGGAUAUGAAUCGUCGGGUGAAACUGUUCCACAAUCGCUAUCAGUACCGAUUGAUGGAUUGCACUUGGAACGGAACCAGUAGAUGGGCCUGCGAUAUGGUCAACUGCCCGGUGUUCACUCUCAUGGAUUCGGACGAAAAGGUUUCAUCGGUGGAGCACAAUCAUGAACCUCUGGCUAGCGGUAUAUUCAACAGAUUGUUCUACAGUGUCGUCCGAGCGAAUACCAAGUGUUUGAAGCUAUGUUUCAACGGGCAUUGCUAUGGAAGCAGAGAUUCGAACCACUGGGUGUGCACAACUAGUGGAUGUUACGUUAAGCUGUACGUAGGCAACGAUUACCAGUCCUUCGCCGAGAAAGGAAAUCACAAACAUGACGGAUUCAGCGUCGUAGUAAAACCUCUCGAGAAAAAAGCUAUAUUUCUAACUGCUCAAAAUCCAUUCCUGCCGGAAUCAUUGACCAUCGAAGACUUACAUGAACCAAUGGCGUCAACUUCGGGAACGACUGACCAAACGAAAUCAACUCAUUUAACCAAGAAUCCAGAAAAACCGGUAAAGCGCAGGGAAACCGUCUUAGGUUCAAUUCGAUUGAUCUACAAUGGCUAUCGGUACUCACUGUGGGACCUUUUCCCGGAUGGCACCACCUACUGGUGCUGCUGGGGAAUUAGAUGUAAAAAGUCCGUCCACAUGACUCCGCAAGGUUUGAUAUACUCCAAGAACGAAACCCAAGAGCAUCAGCAUCCUCCACAAGUGACCAAGGUAGACCAGAUAACGCACGAAGACGGUCAAAAGGAAUGGUACGCCAUCUUCAAGGACCUUCUGCAUAACACCAUCCUGGUCUAUCGUAACACCCUGUGGGAUUUGGUGCUAGGAGAACAGUGCUACAUCGCAACCUGUCAACGAUGUGAAACGGUACUGAAGAUUACAGAAAACUUUACCAGAUUUUCUCAAAGCAAUGAAUGCAGCAAGCACGAUGAUAGUUUAAUUCUCAUUCGAGUUACUGCGAAACCUGCCGAAGGUGAUCCCAUCAUAUGGGAAAUGUUCAAACGGAAAUUCCCCUUGCAAUUGACCGAUGGAACGAUCUUCAACAAAGGACGCCAUUCGCAGAUGUUUGUCGGAGAAUUCCGAUACACUUUGGUGGGUUUCACUUGGAGUGGUGGCGAGAUGUGGCGAUGUGCCAUCCAAAGGUGCCCAGCUAGGUGUAAAAUUGCGGAGCUACGUGGAGACUUUAACACUCCGGUUCACAACCACGACAAGCAAAUUUUGUUGCAAGGUCAAAUAUGGAGUGAGGCUCGCCAGCGUCAGGAAAGCUACUUUGUGGUCAUAACGCUUAAGAAAACCAUUGCCACGCUUUAUUACAAUACCUACUGUUACGCCCUGAAGGACAAACAACAAAACAUUUGGAGCUGCUUCCCUGGCCCGUGUCACGCUUUGCUUCGGAUCGAAGGAGAUUUCGAGCGGGUCGUGGAGGAGAUGGACCACAGCCACGAUGGAACGCUGACCUUCAUACGCAGUGACGAAACGUAUGCUUCGCAGAAAUGCUACGGUCCCGCUAUAGGGACUGCCAAGAAACGACCACGAGAGGAGUCUGAAAGCUCAGCAGUCGAAGUGGAUCCUUUGAGCUUGCUGAAUGUUUCAAUUGAUGCUCCAGCGACUGAGCAAUCCAACUACCUAAAAGAAGAACCUAGCGAUUCCCUGAUGGAUGUAGAUUCCUUAAGUCAAUCAAAUGCAACGGAAGAAUCGUCGUCUUCCGUUAAUGUCAGUCCAAAAUUGCAAGAAAUUAUCAACGCUUUGGUACAGCCAGUCCCGAAAAACGACCCUUCUGUACUAAUUGAACCUCUUCUGCAAUAUUACGGUGGACACACUUACUGUCGCACAACGGUUCAGAAAGAUGGAGGCAUUAGGAUGGAAUGCAACAAACCUCGCUGUCCGGGACGAAUCGUUAUUGGACCCGAUCAAGUUCCCCGUGUCAAAGAUCCACACACUCAUCCCAAAACAUACGAAAGCAUUGGAAGCAUUUGCGACUUCAACAACCAGUAUUAUCAAUACAUCCUAGUCAAUGGAUCGCAUAGACGAAUGCCUACCUACUUUGUCUGCGAUGGAUUCAGAUACAACAUGCAAGCUAAGGCGCUCAAUGAAGAUACGGAAAUAGUCUGGCAAUGUAACAAUUGCACUGCUAAGGCCACCGUUACCGCGUCCUACUCCCACAUCCAAUUCAGCGGAUCACAUACUCACGAUCCCCACGACAUCAUCUUACCAGGUGACGAGAAUUCCGAUUCUAUCGCCGAGGAUUCUCAAGAUGGCGAGGGGCCAUCCAAUUCCUUCCACUUGGACGAGGUCAUCUGGGAUCAGCACCGGUACAAUAAACCCAUUUUUAUCCGCCGGCUAAAUACCUCCAAAUGGAGAUGCUACCGAACGAGAGAGUGCAAAGCCCAUAUCAAUCAAAAUGCGGAAGGAGUGUUCAAAGAAAUCGAACCACACGAUCACGAAGGGCCAAUCGAGUGCUGCGGAGAAGCCAGAUUUGAUCCAACCAUGAAGCUGAAGGAUCGGUUUGCCAUCAUGAAGAACUACGGCAAAUCCAAGUUGCGACAUUUGGUAUUCCAAAACCAAAUAUAUAUAGAGCGGAAUGAUUGUAUCUGGGAGUGCGCUAGCAAGUCUUGCAAUGCCCAACUGAAUGUCUACGAUAAUUUCGAUUUUAUUCAAGCGGUUGGAGUUCACACGCAUCAGCCUGUCGUGACACAAAUCUUGUUCCCGAAUGAAGUUCAGAGGCAUAUCACAUCUGCUGAUAUGCUUUAGGACACAAUGUGAUUUACCAACACCUCAUUAAACAUAGAAAAAUACAUCUAGCAAAUAUACAUACACUCAAAAUAAAUGUA